AUGGUGAGCAAAGAGCCCAACCACUUACUCACAGGCCAAACCAACGGCAAGAGCACCUUGGCGGACAAGUUGCCCGGGACAAUGACUGUGCGCUCUGUGCUGCUCAAUCGAGACUCUCCAGAUAUUGAGAGCCGCCUAAAGCGGCGCCGGAACCGUACCCACCAGGUUCGCUUUAAAGACUUGGAGGAUGGCAGCAGCAGCAGUGGCAACAGUGGAACAGGAGAAAACAACAGCCAUCAGAGGCCUGCCACUGAUUGUGACAGCCCACAUCCUCUUCGUAAACAUAGCAGCAGAUCCCCCCAGCCAUGGUCUGAUAGGGAUGGGCCACGGACUGACAGUCUACCUGGCCAAACCUCUGUGGUGGGGGCUGUGCGUGGGGACAUGGCAAGUACUAUAGAAGUGGUGGCUGCUUUCCUAGCCAGGGCCCCUCCUCAUCCACUGACGCCGGGUCCUACACGUCGAUGCUGGGCUCCACCCCAGACUAACUCCCUAACCUUGCCAAUGACAAGCAGGCCCAGUACAAGCACCAGCACAGCCAUCCAAACCUCCCCAUGCCUGAAAAAGCCCCAGUCCCUCUCAUCCACCCAUACACGUAGCCACAGCCUCGGGGACUCAGUUGGCGUGGAUGGGGAUGACGAACAUGACUCUCAAGAUGAAUAUCUUACGCACAACCAUGUGUUGCUGCCUGGGUCCAAGGACCAGAACGGUCCUCCUGGGCCUGGGGAUCGAACUGUGGUGGAACGGAGGUCUAAAACCUCCAGGACAGAAAUUAAAUCAGCUGUUAGUGUGACCCCCUACAAUGCUCAGGAUAAGAGGGGCAUUCGACUUCCACCUCCUCCCCCACCACCUCCACCCUACACGCCUCGGAAAAAGGGAAAUGAUCCACCAGGUCCUGCAAUCCGAACACCCAUGCUCAGGGCAGACGGGAAGGCCAGCGAGAAAGAUAAAGACAAGGAGAAGGAGAAAAAGGAAGAUAUAAUAUGUACAGACUCACCCAAGCUCUGUGCAAGAGCCAGCUCUCUGAAGCAAAGAGCUCAAACCCCGCCAGUUGCUGUGAUGAAGGGAGAGAAGCAGUCCUCUUCGUCCUCUCCUGCCAAGGCCUGUUUUAAGCCCAGCUGUCUCAGCUCAGCCCAGGCUCAUCUUGGGGCACUACACAAAAUGCUCUGCUCAGGAGCCAACACCAGGCCCAACACUCCCAACAGCCAACACCCUCUCCCUCUAAAUCAGCAGGGUUGCUCUGGAGCCAGGGGCUGCUCUGCUUCUGGGGAGCGGUCUACAGCUGGGCCCCUGACUGCCACCCAAGCUGAUACACUGAGACAGGUCCAGGAAAUUUUGGGAGGAUUGGUGUCUGGGGCCAGGUGUAAAUUGGACCCAUCCAAAGUGACAGAAAAGCUCCUGAGUCCCAAUGGACCCCUGCAUGAUAUUCGUAGCCUGCAGAACCAGCUCCAAAGCUUGGAGGGGGUCCUGGAGACCAGCCAGAACACCAUUAAGGUCCUGCUGGAUGUCAUUCAAGACCUUGAGAAGAAGGAAGCCGAGAGAGACGGAAGACAUUCCUACAGGACUGGACAGGACAUUGAGAACUGUGGGACCUGCAGGGACUGUGCCUGCAUCAUCUACAGUGUAGAGCAUGACUUUCGCCUGCAGGAAGGGCAGGUGGUACGCACAUGGAAGGUGGGCGACCCUCCGGAGGGCUCGCCACAGCCCUCCACUCCCCAGCCCACAACACCCCACCAACAAGACUCCCCUCAACUGCCGGGCAGACGGGAGGGAAGACGCGUGAAACACCCUGGGCGCAGUCUAAGUAGAGGAAACUUCUCCAGCUCUGCGGUCAUGGCGCGUUUCCUCGCGCUGCUGGCGGGCGCUCUCCUUCAGCUCUGCCACGCGGCGGUUUACACCAACGACUGGGCGAUGAGAGUCAGAGGGGACCUGGAGUCCGCCAACAGGAUAGCGGAGAAAUAUGGCUUCACGAACACGGGUCAGAUUGGAGACCUGAAGGGUUAUUACAGUUUUCGGCACCGGGAGACAGCGAGGCGGUCCACCGUGUCCAACAAUGAGGUGACCGUUAGCGUCGCCAAGGAGACCGAGGUGGAAUGGCUCCAACAGCAGGUAGUCCAGAGAAGAGCAAAGAGGAACCCCAGAGCAAGUCACAACGUCUCCAUUUCAGACAUGAAAACCAAACGUCUUCUUCCCGCACAUCCUCAGUCCAACCGCACCCAGACACUGCACUUCAACGACCCACUAUGGAACAGCCUGUGGUACAUUCACUGCAGUGAUGAGUCCAAAGGCUGCCAGUCUCGUAUGAACAUUGCGGCGGCCUGGAGGAGAGGGUAUACAGGGAAGGGUGUGGUGGUGUCUGUCCUAGAUGAUGGCAUUGAGAGAGAGCACCCGGAUCUGAAGCCAAAUUAUGAUCCUCUCGCCAGCUAUGAUGUGAACGGACAAGACCAAGAUCCUUCUCCAAAUCAUUCAGACAAUGCUGAUAACUACCAUGGGACUCAGUGUGCAGGGAUGGUUGUUGCGGCCGCAAAUAACUCAGAGUGCACGGUCGGUGUCUCGUUCCACGCACGGAUAGGCGGCAUUCGUAUGCUGGAUGGAGAUGUGACAGACAUCGCAGAGGCCCAAUCGCUGAGCUUCAGACCACAGUACAUUGAUAUUUACUUGGCUAGCUGGGGGCCAGAAGAUGACGGAGCCACUUUGGAGGGACCUGGGCCUCUGACUCAUCUGGCUUUACGGAACGGCAUUAAAACAGGCCGGCGCGGGAGGGGCUCUGUUUUUGUCUGGGCGUCAGGGAACGGAGGGCAAAGAGGUGACCACUGUUCCUGUGAUGGCUACAGCAGCAGCAUCUACACUAUCUCUAUCAGUAGCAGCACUUGGCGUGGAAGCCAGCCAGAUUACCUGGAGCAGUGCAGCUCCACACUGGCGACAGCUUACACUGGCGGGGAGACAGAGGAGAUGGUGACGUUGGGUCCACAGCAGAGCUGUAGCCGGGCUCAGUCAGGGACCUCCCUCUCCUCCUCCAUGGCUGCAGGUGUCAUCGCUCUCACUUUGGACGCCAACCCCUUGCUAACCUGGAGGGAUGUGCAGCACAUUAUUGUCCGUACAUCAAAAGCUCAUCAUCUUACUGCUCCGGACUGGCACAGUAAUGGAGCCGGAUACCGAGUGAGCCACCUGUAUGGCUUUGGCCUGCUGGAUGCUGAGAGCAUGGUGAGGGAGGCUGAGCGAUGGAAACAAGUCCCCUCGCAGCACGAGUGUGUGGAGGAAACUGCCAUCCAGCUGAGCAGAGCUAUUCAUCCAGGCUCGUCGCUGAUGUCUGUGUGUGAAGCUACAGGCUGCGCCGCCAAACCCCAGCAGCACGUUGUUUACGUGGAGCAUGUCGUCGUCCGUGUUACCGUCGCUCACAGUCGUCGUGGCGACCUUUCUCUUACGCUCACAUCACCUUCAGGCACUGUGUCACAGCUGCUAGCUAACAGGCCUCUUGACGACUCCACAGAGGGAUUUCAGAACUGGGAACUGAUGACAACUCACUGCUGGGGCGAGCGGGCAGCGGGGGAAUGGACUUUGAAAAUCCAGGAUACUCCCUCUCAGAAGAGAGACAACACUGAACUAGGGACGCUAAAGGAGUGGUCCCUGGUGAUUUAUGGCACCGCAGAGCAGCCAUACCCGUCGCAUCGUGAGCGAGCCCGAUCAGCUGAGAUGCUGAUGGAUGGUGACCUCACUGAAGAAUACAGUGGACCCUGCGACCCAGAAUGCAGUGACGAUGGUUGUGAGGGGCCCAGCCCGCAGCAGUGUGUCACGUGCUUACACUUCUUUCUCAAGUUCAAGAACAACACAAGGAUGUGUGUAUCAGAGUGUCCCAGGGGAUUCUGGGGCGACCGCCGGCGUUGUAAGAGGUGCUACUCCUCCUGUGAGAGCUGCGCUGGGAGCCGCAGUGACCAGUGCACUUCCUGUCAACCUGGGCAUCACCUGACUGAGGGGACCAACACCUGCGCAGCCAUCUGUGGGGAUAACUACUACCUCGACCAUGAUGCAAACAUGUGCAGGAAGUGCAGUGAAAACUGCCUGAAGUGCACCUCCUACAGCAUCUGCACAGAAUGCAGACCGGACACAAGUCUGCAGGGGAAUCGGUGCCAGCGGAGCUGCGCGGCUGGAUUCUACCACGACAGGCAGGAAGGCACGUGCAGGCCCUGUCACAAGGCCUGCGCUACCUGUGCAGGUGCAGGUGUGGAAGCAUGCAACCGUUGUGCAGAAGGCUACUUGAUGGAGGAGUGGAGGUGUGUGUCCUCCUGCAGUGCUGGUUUCUACGCCACAGAGCAAAACCCAGAGAUAGCUGAUGGACACAGGAUAUGUAGGAGGUGUGACGGCAGCUGUCUCACCUGUGUGGGACCAAGCCAGGGGAACUGCAGCAGCUGUUCCAGCGGUCACAGCCUUCAGGAGGGCGUGUGUGUUGUUAACACUGUGUGCACAGAUGGAGAGUACCAGGACACUACCGGGAAGUGCCCCGCGUGUGACGCAACGUGUCUGAAGUGCACGGGGCCGCACAGCGAAGACUGCAUCAGCUGUGUUUCUUCACGGGCUCUGGACGAGGGCCGCUGCGUGGUGGAGUGCGCCAAGGGCAAGUACCAGUCCGGUGGCCAGUGUCACCUCUGUGACCACACCUGUGCCAGCUGUGUGGAUGCAGGGCCUGCCAGCUGUAACAACUGUGACACUGAUAAGUUCGGAAUGGAGCGUUACCUGCACAAAGGCCAGUGUCUGGAGGCCUGUCCUGAGGCCUUCUACCACACCAAGGAGAGGAGCUGUGAGCCGUGCUCGGACCACUGCCAGCUCUGCACAAGCCCCACCCACUGCCUAAAGUGUAACUCCUCCUAUUACAUCUCUGAUGGAGCAUGUGCGAAGCUGGAGUGUGGAGAAGGGGAGGUGGAGGAUCCAGAUUACGACGACUGCAUGGCCUGUGAGGAGGGCUGCAGCAAGUGUAUCUUGUAUAACCCCAGGCAUUGUCUGUCCUGCACUGAGGGCUUUUACAAUUUUCAGGAUGGCUGCUACAAAAACUGCCCGGCUAAGACGUACAGCACGGAAGAGGAGAUGACCUGCGUCCCAUGUGAUGACAACUGUGUGAGCUGCGAUGAACAUGAGUGCUACUGGUGCGAGACCGACCUCUUCUUAUCAGAGGGGAGGUGUGUUUCAGUGUGUCCUGAUGGUUUCUAUGGCGACGAAGACAGCAACAACUGUGAGGAGUGUCACUCAGACUGUGUGACAUGUAGCGGCCUGGAGGACCGUGACUGUCUGUCGUGUGAGGAGGGGAAGACGCUACAAGAUGGAGAGUGUGUGUCUGACCGCAAAGUCUGUCCCAUUAAGACCUUUCACACCGAUGAUGGAGAGUGCGAGGACUGCCACACGUCCUGUGAGUCCUGCACUGGAGAGGAGAAGAACCAGUGUACAAAAUGUGCAAAAGGGCAGUUUUUGACCGCACAGCAAACAUGUGUGUCAAAGUGUCCGGGGGGUUUCUUUGCCAGUCGGCUGAGCGGUGUGUGUGAGGCCUGCCCUCCAGGCUGUUUGCAGUGUAUGGACGCUAAACACUGCACCCGCUGUCAGAGCGCUCGCAAAGCUCAGUUAUUCCUGCAGGAUGGAAAGUGUGUCCAACAGUGUGUUAGGGCUUAUCCUGCAGGCCAGGUGUGUCGUAGCUGUGCGUCAGGCUGCGCGUCCUGCGGGAAAAACGCCACGCACUGUCUCAGCUGUGAAGAACCACUCAUCCUACACAAGCACCAGUGUGUGGAGGAGUGUCCUCCAGCGCACACUGUCUGGGGUGCGAAGUGCCAACACUGCCCCUCUGCCUGUCAGGAGUGCAGCCCACUUGGGCAGUGCACAGGCUGUGAGGAGUAUCACUAUCUCCACGAGGGCCUCUGUGUGCUAGACUGUCCCGAAAGGUUCUUCGAGGACAGAGAUGGAGGGGAGUGCUUGCGUUGCCACCCUGACUGCGCUUUGUGUGACGGGCCAAACAGCAAUGACUGUGACGCCUGUACGGACCCUGAGGCCACCCUGCAGAACGGGGCAUGUCUGGCAGCCUGCUCCCCUCGUACCUACAGGGACACCACAACAGGAGAAUGUAAAGACUGUGAUGUAUCUUGUCUCACCUGCAAUGGGCCCCAUGCUGGCUCCUGCACCAGCUGCAAAGGGGGUCAGAGGCUGGAGGGCCACGGCCAUUGUGCGCCCUCAGACAACAAGUGCUUGCCUCGCCAGUACUCAGACCAGGACGGGGAAUGCCAUCCGUGUCACAAUUACUGCCACAGGUGUUCAGGUCCUAGAAAAACCCACUGCCUGAGCUGCAACCAGGGACACCUCCUGCUCAAUGGCACCUGCGUGGAUGAAUGCCCAGCAGGAUACUACGAGGAUGAGUCGGGGCAGAAAUGUGAGCCUUGCCACCCUUCCUGUGAUACCUGCGCUGGAAAGCACAGCCACGAGUGUCUCACCUGCAAAGCCCACCUAUUUCGAGAGGGCAAAGAGUGUGUGGGGACGUGCCAGCACAGUCACUAUGGAAACACGGAUUCAAGGAUGUGUGAGAAGUGUGACCCGAGUUGUGGUGAAUGCAUCGGCAGCGGGGAGGACAGCUGCCUGAGCUGCGCUCCGGGUCUCAUUUACAUGCGGAAAGAAGGCCGUUGCCUCCCUUCGUGCACUCAGGGAUACUACCACGUUGCUGCACACAGGACCUGCGAGCCCUGCCACGCCAGCUGCCGAACAUGCUCAGGAAAAGAUUCCCAUUCCUGUGGCUCAUGCUACCCUGGAUACCUGAUCUCUGAUGGAACGUGUGAGUCCAUGUGUGAUAAAGGCCAGUAUCCUGUCAUAAAGGGUUCAGGGCACGUUUGUGAGGACUGUGACGGCUCCUGUCUGGAGUGUCGGGGGCCUGGUCCAGUCAACUGCACCAUGUGCCCUGCUCAGGCCAUUUUAGAAGCUGGAGGGCGCUGUCUGCUCUGUUGCCACCACGAGGAGGAGGAGGUGGAGGCCACAAGACAGCAGCAGGACUGUUGUAACUGCACCGAGACCCGAGGAGAGUGCGUCCUCAAUACCAACUUGGCGUUCACAAAUGAUGAGGAAGAAGUGGCCAGAGGAAACCCGACAGUCUUCAUCAUUGCCUGCAUCCUGCUGGUGCUGGGACUAGUGGCCGUCGUCUUCCUCAUCAGACACUCGCGCUCCAAAAGCACGCCCCAGGACAUCACUCCUCGUGGCUAUGAGAAGCUGGGCUCUGUUGGGGGAUAUGGAGGCUACAGCUCUGCCUCCUCUGCAUCUUACAGCGGCCGUGCCAGCUCCUCCGGCAAUCGCUUCCAGGAGGCUCAGUUAGUUGACAUCGGUGAACGCCCCCCAGGGAAUAAGGAUGAUUACAACGAUGAUGAUGAAGAUGAGGACAUUGUUUACAUGGGCAAGGAUGGCACCGUGUACAGGAAGUUCCGGUACGGUCAACUAGGAGAGGACAACGAGGACGAGCUGGAGUACGAUGACGAGAGCUACACGUUCCGGUGAAGCGGAAGGUUUUCUCUAAAGAAAUAUUUCUUCUUUCUCCCCUGGACUUGUCUCUCUGUCUUUUCCUCCUGCCCUGAGGGACAGACCCACUUAUCCCUCACUGAAUGAGAUGAACCCAAUGAGACAUGAGAAGCUAUUUAUAAUGAGUUGUAUUUUACAACAGUUAUCCAUUCACAAAAUGAAAUGAGCUGCAGAAAAUUCCAUGUCAUUAAACAUUCUGCAGGACUUUUAAUGUAAUUAAGCUUCAUUUUCUAGACUUUGUUUGAAGUAUGACUUCCCAUGUACAACAAAGUUUAUUGUGGGUAUUUACUAGUUUUGAAAGUUUCAUUAAUCUUAUUCAUCGCUUCAUUAAUUGUUUUGUUUUUGGAAUAGCAUUUUAAAUUUGAUUAAUCAUGGUAUUUCUUAAGCUUUUCUAUAUUCCCA